UUAUGGAGUCAAACAAUCAUUACUGGGAUUCAGACACAGCAAAAGACAGUUUUACUGCGAUUGCGUCGGGAGGUAAUAGGACUGAGCAAGGCAGAAUUUACGAUACUGUUCGACAUGGUACAGGAGAGCUUGCAGAUAAAACUACUCCUUCAGCCAAGAUGUGUACUUGGUGUACCCUCGUAAAUUCAAUUUUAAUUGGACUGUUGAUUAUCGCAGUAUCUGUUUCUUUAUACAUGAGUAUAAACGUUUCAAAGGCUUCAAAUAAUAAAGCUGAUCUGCAGAAAUUGGUGACAACUCUAAGCCAAAAAAUUAACGUGCUUGAACACGCACAGGUACAGAUUCAGACAGAAGUUCUCCAAAAUUUGACGAACAUAUUCAAUGAAACAACGGAUCUGCAGAAACUGAUGACGAUUCUAAGCCAAAAAAUGGAUACGAUUGAACACGCACAGGGACAGAUUCAGACAGAAACUCUCCUAAAUACGAACAGAUUAAAUGAAACAAACGUGUCGAUCGGAUUUGCUGUAUCAAACCCAGAUAAUUCCUCCGAUAGAACUGUCCUUAAGUUCAGGAAGGUGAUAUACAAUUCAGGCGACGAUUAUAAUGUGUCCUCGGGCGUGUUUACUUGUAAUCAUCCAGGACUCUACUUCUUCACAGCAACUCUAAUCAGAAGCCCGAGUUUACUUGACAGCGUAUGUUUUAUUUCUGUCAACGGCAUUGAACAGAUAGAAGUAAGCAGUGGUGGUACUGAUGUCAAUAGUGGAUAUCAGUCAGGAUCAGGGUCAUUCAUUUAUCGUUUAAAAGAAGGAGAUAUUGUUGUACCCUCUGAUUGCGAGCAAAUAGACCAACUGGGCCUAUUUUCUAGUUUCACUGGAUUUCGUGUUUCAUAUUAAUUGACCAGUCGCAGUCACGUAUUUACAUUAAGGUAUAAGAUGUAUAAUUUACACUUUUUUCAAAUGGCGUUUAAAACUUUAUAUUAUUAAACUUUAAUAUAUUCUAGACAUAAAUAUAAAAAAAUACAAAAGUUUACCAUCUUGUUUGAUAAAUGUUGACAUGUAAAGUUCAAAUGUUUUAUCGGUUUUAUACAACAACAACAACAACAACAAUUAUGUUGUUAUUAUCUGUAGAAAAGUUUCAUUUAUCAUAAUUUCAUUUGUUGAAAAGUGAUAAUAAAAAAAAACUAUACAGUCAUGUUUAAAUAACUUCAAAUAAAUCAAUGUAAAAUCUAUAUGAUUUUUUUUGUUUAUUAAGACAUGUUACUGUCAUAUUACAUCAAUUAAGAAGAGGAUGGGGUAAAAAAAUCACGUCAGAUUUUGUCAAAUGUAAUCGGGGCAUCAAAUACUUUUUAAUAAUAAUUAUCUAGAAACUAUUCUUAACAUUUGUGCAAAAUAUAAAGAAAGUUUACCAUGCUGAUUUUAAAUUAUAAUCAUUAUGUCUACCAA